AUGUGGUAUUUGGAUAAUGGUGCAAGCAAUCACAUGACAGGUGUGAGGACAUUCUUCUCGGAGCUGAAUGAGAACAUCAAAGGAAAAGUGAAGUUUGGAGAUGGAUCAUGUGUAGACAUCGGUGGAAAAGGAUCAAUUCUUUUCCAAGGAAAAAACAGGAGAGCAGAACCUGGUUUACAAGAUAAAUCUCAAGAUUGGAAAGCAAACUUGUCUGCAAUCAAGAAUAGAGCUUGGAGAAGAAGAAGAAGAAGAAGAGAAGAAGAAGAAGAAGAAGAAGAAGAAGAAGAAGAAGAAGACCAAGAAGCAAAGGACUCCAUCGAAUGGACAAAGGCGUGUCUAGAUGAGACUGAUUUGAUCAACAAAAAAGAAGAAGAAGACCAAGAAGCAAAGGACUCCAUCGAAUGGACAAAGGCGUGUCUAGAUGAGACUGAUUUGAUCAACAAAAACAAGACAUGGUUGUUUGUUGAAAAAUCGGCAGGAGCCAAGAAUAUUGGCCUUAAAUGGGUUUUUAAGAUCAAGAGAAACGCAGAUGGCUCAAUCAACAAGCACAAAGGAAGACUUGUUUUCAAGGUGUUGAGACAAGUUACAGGGUGUUGGAACACAAAGCUUGAUCAGAUUUUGAAAGGAGUCAAGUUCGUUGAAAUGAGAAGCUUCAUUGGAGUUCAAGAUAUGUCCAAGACCAAGUCAAAGUUUAAGAGGGAGAUUGUUGGGUAA